AUGUUUCUUACUCGAAGUGAAUACGAUCGAGGCGUUCUGACGUUUUCACCCGAAGGCAGAAUUUUCCAAGUGGAAUAUUCUCUUGAAGCCAUUAAGCUUGGUUCCACAGCCAUUGGGAUUGCCACCCUGGAGGGAGUCAUCUUGGGGGUUGAAAAGAGAGUCACAUCGUCGCUUUUAGAACACACUUCUAUUGAAAAGAUAGUUGAAAUUGAAUCUCAUAUUGGUUGUGCCAUGUCUGGACUUACAGCAGAUGCCAGAUCUAUGAUAGACCAUGCUAGAGUUGAAGCAGUUACUCAUAGUUUACAUUAUGAUGAACAAAUUCUUGUAGAGACAUUGACUCAAUCUGUCUGUGAUUUGGCAUUACGUUUUGGUGAAGGUGCUCAAGGUGAAAAGAGAUUAAUGUCUCGUCCGUUUGGUGUUGCUUUACUUAUUGCUGGUUAUGAUAAAGAUAAGGGACCUCAAUUGUAUCAUGCUGAACCAAGUGGUACUUUCUAUAGAUAUGAUGCUAAGGCAAUUGGUAGUGGUAGUGAAGGUGCUCAAGCUGAAUUGCAAAAUGAAUAUCAUAAACUGUUGACUUUGAAAGAAGCUGAAUUGUUAGCUUUGAAAGUAUUAAAACAGGUAAUGGAAGAGAAAUUGGAUUGUAAGAAUGCUCAAUUGGCCAGUGUUACCAAAGAUGGUGGCUUCGUGGUAUACUCAGAUGAGAAAACAGACGAAAUCAUCAAGGAAUUGACAAAACAACAAGCUGAAUCUGAAGACUCUGUUGCUGAAGCAGUAGCUCUGGAAGCACAACAUUAG